AUGGUAUCCCCAACUGUACCAAUACUUCUACUCGGGCGUGCAUUUCAAGCCAUAGGUGGAAACGCUGUAUGGAUUGUUGGGCUUGCGACCGUGGCCGAUACCGUCGGACAAGAAGAUACUGGGAAAGUGUUAGGAGGAAUCUCGUCAUUUUUCGUAUCGGGAUUACUGUUUGGCCCCAUGGCUGCAGGUACUUUGCUCGACCUUGUUGGCUACUGGAUGACUUGGAUGGUCCCUAUUGCCAUACUUGUCGUUGACAUGAUAAUGCGCGUGGUCAUGAUCGAGAACAAAAAUGGUCAAAACGUUCACUUGACCAAGAUUCCAUCUACGGACAGCACUCUAUGCGAUUACAGCGAUUUCAACGAAUUUGGCUAUUCCAAUGAACGAUGUGAUUUUGAUGAGUACCAUGAUGUAGAAGAUGAUGACGAUACCGAGUCAGAUUUGGAUAUACAGACGACUACCCCCAACAGGAGGUCUUUCAAUUCCCAAAUACAUUACGAUAUCGAACCGAGAUCUUUGAAUCCAGAGGAUGCGACGAGUUCUCUGCCGCGGUCCACGAACUUUUAUAAGAUGAUCUUAUCGGAUCCUCGAGCAGUUGCCGCACUGAUCUGCAAUUUCACCCAAGGGGUGAUUCUGGUCAGUUUGGAUACCACAUUGCCACUUCAUUGUAGUAAUGAAUUUGGCUGGAGUACUGCUAAGGUCAGUUUGAUGUUUCUGCUUCUGCAGAUCCCAUCAUUUAUACUGGCGACGCCCACGGGCGCUCUCAAAGAUAAAAUUGGCACAAGGCUCCCUACUAGCAUAGGAUUUCUUUCCGUCUCCUUUUUCAUUUGGCUGCUGGGUACAGCUGGGACGGAUGGACUUUCCUUUGUAGGUUCUGGCAGCAAGGGCCAAGCAAUCUAUAUGGUUGCUGUCGUGGGCAUUGGGAUAGCCCGGACGCUAAUUAGUGGAUGUGGCACCAUCGAGAUUACCAGUAAGUUAAAUGUGUGA